GUUACUGAGAAAUCACAAGACGAAGCUAAAAAUCCCUCUUCAGAUCCACAAUCAACUGCCCUGAAUACAUCCUGCAAAAAAUCCAGAGGAAGAAGAGCCAUGGAUUACUACGGAAAGUACGCAGCUGUCAUUCUGGCCGUAUUGUCUGUGUUUCUGCAAAUUCUCCAUUCCUUUCCUGAUGGAGAGUUUACAAUGCAGGGCUGCCCAGAAUGCAAGUUAAAGGAAAACAAAUACUUUUCUAAGCUGGGUGCCCCCGUCUAUCAGUGCAUGGGCUGCUGCUUCUCCAGAGCAUAUCCGACUCCAGCAAGAUCCAAGAAGACAAUGUUGGUCCCAAAGAACAUCACCUCAGAAGCCACAUGCUGUGUGGCCAAAGCAUUUACCAAGGCCACAGUCCUGGGCAACGCCAGGGUGGAGAACCACACGGAGUGCCACUGCAGUACUUGUUAUUAUCACAAAUCUUAAAUGUUUCGCAAAGGGCUGUAUUGAUGACUGCUGAUUCCCUGGAAUGGAAAAUUAAUUUGUUCAGGGUUUAUCGCUUUGAGAGAUAAAACCCCCCUUUUCCUUACCAUACCAUUUUUACGCGCUUUCAGACUAGAUUGCAGCUUUAUUGCCUUUCUCUUUAUCCUACGGUAUAAUCAGCAGUCUAGCUCUUUUUAGUUGUAAUGAACUACAGCAUUUAGCAUGACCAUAAAAAGCUGGUUCCACUGGAAAUAAAGUCUUUUAAAUCAUCA